CGGCGCCGAUUGGCUGCGGCGCGGGGCCCGCCCGCCAGGUGAAACGCGUGGGUCACGUGGGGGGAGCGGGCGGCCGGCGGGAGCGGCGGCGGAGGAGCGGCGGCCAUGAAGCACUACGAGGUGGAGAUCCUGGACGCACGGACGCGGGAGAAGCUCUGCUUCCUCGAUAAGGUGGAGCCCAAUGCAACAGUCGCCGAGAUCAAGAGUCUGUUCAACAAGGCCUAUCCGCAGUGGUACCCGGCCCGGCAGUCCCUGCGCCUGGACCCCAAGGGCCGCUCCCUGCGUGACGAGGACGUGCUGCAGACGCUCCCCGUGGGCACCACGGCCACCUUCUACUUCCGGGACCUGGGCGCCCAGAUCAGCUGGGUCACGGUGUUCCUGACGGAGUACGCGGGGCCGCUGCUCAUCUACCUGCUCUUCUACUUCCGCGUCCCCUUCCUGUACGGGCCGCGCUACGACUUCACGGCCAGCCGGCACCACGUGGUGCACCUGGCCUGCGCUUGUCACUCGUUCCACUACGUCAAGCGGCUCCUGGAGACGCUGUUCGUGCACCGGUUCUCGCACGGGACCAUGCCGCUGCGCAACAUCUUCAAGAACUGCACCUACUACUGGGGCUUCGCUGCCUGGAUGGCGUAUUAUAUCAACCACCCGCUCUACACCCCGCCCGGUGAGUGUCACCGUCACUGUCACCAUCACUGUCACCCUCUGUCCCCUGUCACAUCAACCACCCACUUUACACCACCCAUGAGUGUCACCGUCACUGUCACCGUCACUGUCACCAUCACUGUCACCCCCCAUCACAUCAACCCCCCGCUCUACACCACCCCUGGUGAGUGUCACCGUCACUGUCACCGUCACUGUCACCCCCUGUCACAUCAACCACCCGCUCUACACCCCCCAUGAGUGUCACUGUCACCCCGUGACAUCACCCACCCACUGUACACCACCCCCAGUGAGUGUCACCGUCACUGUCACUGUCACCCCCCUGUCCCCUGUCACAUCAACUACCUGCUCUACACCCCGCCCGGUGAGUGUCACCGUCACUGUCACCGUCACUGUCACC